AUGGUGCAGCUCGCCUGGGCUUGCCUGGUGCAAAGCUGCCUCCUCCUGCUGGCCCGGGCCCGAGCCCGCCCGAGCCGGAGCCCCUCCAGCGGGGACCCUGCCGCCAGCUGCGAGCUCCACCGGAAACAAAGCGAGCUUAACUCUUUCCUGUGGACUAUAAAGAGAGACCCCCCAUCUUACUUUUUUGGCACCAUCCAUGUCCCGUACACCCGGGUCUGGGAUUUCAUUCCCGAGAACUCCAAGAAGGCCUUCCAGCACAGCCACAUUGUUUACUUUGAACUGGACCUCACGGACCCCUACACCAUCUCCGCACUCACCAGCUGCCAGCUGCUGCCGCAGGGCGAGAACCUCCAGGACGUGCUCCCCCGGGACAUCUACCGCCGGCUCAAGCGCCACCUGGAGUACGUCAAGCUCAUGAUGCCUUCGUGGAUGACUCCGGACCAGCGGGGCAAAGGGCUCUAUGCUGACUAUCUCUUCAACGCCAUCGCUGGGAACUGGGAGCGGAAGAGACCUGUCUGGGUGAUGCUGAUGGUGAAUUCUCUGACUGAGGUGGACAUUAAGUCGCGUGGCGUCCCUGUCCUGGAUCUCUACCUGGCCCAGGAAGCCGAGCGCCUGAGGAAGCAGACCGGGGCUGUGGAGAAAGUGGAGGAACAAUGCCAUCCACUGAAUGGGCUGAAUUUUUCCCAGGUGAUCUUUGCUUUGAAUCAGACUCUCUUGCAGCAGGAGAGCCUCCGAGCAGGCAGUCUCCAGACCCCCUAUACGACAGAGGACCUUAUCGAGCAUUACAACUGUGGGGACCUCAACUCCAUCAUCUUCAGCCAUGACACUUCUCAAGUCCCAAAUUUCAUUAACGCCACCCUGCCACCCAACGAGCGCAUUACCGCCCAAGAGAUAGACAGCUAUUUCCGCCAGGAGCUCAUCUACAAGCGCAAUGAGAGGAUGGGAAAGAGGGUGAAAGACCUGCUGGAGGAGUACCCCGACAAGAGUUUCUUCUUUGCAUUUGGAGCCGGUCAUUUCAUGGGCAACAACACAGUGAUUGAUGUUUUGGGAAGAGAAGGGUAUGAGGUAGAACACACUCCUGCUGGACAACCCAUCAACAACGGGAAGAAUCAAAAAACCUGGUCAACCUUCUCAUCAUCCUCACCGGCGUACACCCCCUAUGUGAUCGCCCAGGAGCUGCACCGCCCACCGCAUCCUCAGAAAGAGGAAGAGGAGCUUCUGCCCCACCUUCUGCUGCCCGAGAGUGUCGACCUGCUGGAGAAAGUGGACAGGAAAUACAAGAAGAAGAAGAAGAAGCAACAGAAGAAGCAAAGGCUGCGCCAGUUUAACGACCUCUGGGUUCGCAUUGAAGAAAGUACCACUGACCCACCUCCCCGGAUUCGCAUCAUUAAUGGCUACAUUACAGUAGAACCUCAGCCACGGGGACACGGGCGAUCCAGUCACCUCCACACAGAAACUAGCAGGGCCCACGUGCCUGUUCACUCUCUGCUCAUCUUGCUAUUGACACGGGCGUUGCAGACAUUAACAAUGCUGCAGUGA